AUGGAUCAUCUGGACCUUUCCACAACCCCGGGCGUAGCCCUCGCAGCGAUUAUCGCCAUCGUCACCAGCUCUGUCCUGUACUACUUGAAGAAGGCCGAUGCGGAACUGCCACUGGCCAGCCACGACAUUGUCGAUUUGCGGAUAUACCCCAUCAAGUCAUGCCGUGGCGUCCAGGUCCAGUCGGCUGCGCUGCUCAAGACAGGGCUCGACCUCGACCGCAACUGGAUGUUUGUCUCUGCCGGGAAGCGCGACUUCCUCACAAUCAGGGACGAGCCCCGCAUGACGCUCAUCCGGACGCGUGUCGACUUCGCCAGUGAUACGCUCGUCAUUACUAUCGAGGGCAACAAGGGGUGGGAGCUCUCGAUUCCCGCACACCCGACCACGGAGUGGCUCGAGGCCAACACCACGCUGCGCACCGGCGUUAUCUGGGGGCAAAAGACGGACGGCUGGGAGUACCCUGCGACCAUGACCCAAGCCAUCUCGGAAUUCCUCAGCGUCGAAACCCGACUGUUGUACAAGGGACCCUCGCCGAGGGUCCUUCGCGGCUGUGGCGCGCCGGAUCGGCUCGGCCGCACAGAGGCGACAAAGUUCGCCGACAUGAUGCCGGUCCUGGUCGCGUCGCUGGCCAGUCUAACUGAGCUCAACGGGCGGCUACGGAGUGGUGGUGAGCACGCCGUUGACAUUGAAAGGUUCCGGCCAAACAUCAUUAUCAGCGGUCACGAGCCCUGGGCUGAGGACAAUUGGAAAACUCUCCGCAUCCGAGAGGCCGAGAACGGUGGUGAUGGCGAUGAUCAGAGGGAGAAGAAGGCUGUCGAGUUGGACGUGGUGUCACGCUGCUUAAGAUGCCAGGUCCCAAACGUCGACCCGGAUACUGCCGACAAGAAUCCCCGCCAGCCGUGGGACGAACUGGUCAAAUAUCGGCGAAUCGACGAGGGCCUGAAGUUCAAGCCGAGCUUUGGCAUGCUCUGUGUACCAAGGGCGGAGUUAGUCGUCACGGUUGGGCAGAAGUUGGACGUCAUGCAGACGACUGACAGCCACUUCUUCAUCAAUCCGAUGAAAUAG